AGAAUGUGCGUGCGCCGUUCCAAUUCGUAUAAAAAGAAAUCGAAUCGACGGGAAAGACAUCAGUUACUUGAAGCCUAUCAUCCAGUUCAAACAUGAAAUUGUUCGUCAUCGCCGCUGUCUUGGCCGUCGCCGCCGCCGCUCCUUCCAGUUACGCAACGUACGAGAAGACGUACGAGAAGGACUACAAAUAUCCCGAGAUUACCGUCACCAGCCAAUCGGACGAGCGCAACUUGGACGGCAGCAGCAAGUGGAGCUACGCCCAGUCUGACUACACGACCCGUGACGAGACCCAGGAACAGAAGAAAUUCGUCGUGACCACCGUCGAUGAUUACGGCAAAGAAUACACCGAGGAGGUUUACGGAAAUACCAACAAAGGAUCUUCCUACUGGGUUUCCCCUGAAGGCGAGAAAUUCACUUUGACCUGGGCCGCUGAUAACGCCGGAUUCCAACCCAAGGGUGACCACUUGCCCGUCGCUCCCGUCCACGUCUACGAGCUCCCGGUGGCUCCCGUUCACGAGUACGUCCUGCCCGUCGCCCCCGUGCACGAAUACGAACUCCCCGUCGCUCCCGUCCACAUUCCAUUCAACGGAAAGGGAUUCAAGAUCUACUAAAUAAUAUUCUAAAAAUGUCAACAUAUAUAGAUUAAGUUAUUAUAUUCACUGCAAUUCGUAUUAAAUACGCCAUUCAAUGUGUGUUGUCUUUAAUAAACAUAGCGCAGUUGCCUUUCUCCAUUAA